AUGGGUCUCGACAUGGAUAGCGACUUUGUUGCUGCCGCGGCUCCGGUACUGAGCGCCCCGGCCGGAUUUCCAAAGCCAGGAUUACAUGACGUUGAGGGUCGUAGGAAGAUCUUUUCUGCUGGCAAUCUCGUGCCGAUGAAACAGGGGGCUGAUGGCGUGAAGUUGGAAAUCCAUACCAUUUCAGCCUCGCAUGGUCACCAGCUUCGGAUAUACCACCACAAGAAAGAGGACGCCAUGGACCAAAAUUCUCCUGCACCGGCAAUUCUGCAUUUCCAUGGAGGUGGUCUCAUCGCAUCGAGUGCGGCUAAUUCGAUCCCCAUGAUCUCUGAAUUCGUCCUCGCCACUGGGGUUCAAGUGUUCUCGGUUGAUUACCGGCUUGCGCCAGAACACCCAUACCCGAUACCCCUCGAUGAUUGCUGGUCUGGCUUGGAAUGGGUUGUGUCAAAGGCAGCCGAAUUUCGCGUCGACACUGCCUCCAUUGCCGUCAUGAGUGAAAGCGCCGGUGGGAAUCUUGCAGCCGCAGUGACGCUGUUGGCGCGAGAUCGAGGAUUAUCGCCCCCGCUAGCAAAGCAGAUCUUAGUCUACCCUAUGCUGGAUGACCGGAAUUCGUCCAAGGGCAUUGGGCCAGUGUGCUUUUGGGAUGAAGUCGACAACGUCACGGGUUGGACAGCAUAUCUAGGCCACGAACCUGGACGGGCUGGAGUUCCAAUGUUUGCAGCACCUGCGCGUACGGAGAGUGUUGAGGGCUUGCCUCCCCUAUACUUGGACGUCGGCCAGCUUGAUCUGUAUAUGCUUGAGGAUCUGGAAUAUGCUAGAAGGUUUAUCCAUGCUGGUAUCGAAACGGAGCUGCAUGUCUAUCCAGGUUUACCACACGCAUUUGAUUCGCUUACGCCUGAGCAUCCCAUGACGAAAAUGGCGAAGGAGAAUCGAUAUAGGGCUAUUCGAAAACUGAACCGCUAA